CUGCACUGGUCACGUGACGUAUCCCUGGCCGUCCCCCCCCCUCCGGAGAGGUAAGCGGUGGCUUCAGAACUUCCUGUCAAGCCCGGCGGUCUCGGAGGCGGAUUUCUACCGCACAGCUCUCACAUCAUGGCCUCAUCCUCAACGCCAAAGUAUAAUUCACACUCGUUGGAAAAUUCGUCCAUCAGAAGGUCUCCCAGAGAUGGUGUCAACCAGGAGGACAAUGAGGAUAUCCCCCGUCUGCCCGGCGAGUCCGUUAUUACAGACAAGGAUGUUAUCUACAUGUGUCCGUUUAACGGCCCUAUAAAGGGAAGUAUUCACGUCACAAACUAUAAACUGUUCUUCAAAGGUGAGGAGACGGAGCCGUUGAUGAAAUUCAGUGUUCCUCUUGGCGUUAUUGGAAGAAUAGAGAAAAUGGGGGGUGCAUCCAGCAGAGGAGAAAAUUCGUAUGGCCUGGAUAUAACCUGCAAAGACAUGAGGAACCUGCGUUUUGCUCUGAAACAAGAGGUACACAGCAGAAAGCAGAUAUUUGAAGAUCUCACAAAAUAUGCUUUUCCCCAGUCUCAUGGCUUGCCUUUCUUUGCAUAUCAAAAUGAAGAGAAGUUUCCAGAGAACGGCUGGACGGUAUACGACCCGAUAAAUGAGUUCCGCAGACAGGGACUGCCCAACAGUAAGUGGAGAAUAACUUUUGCAAACCAGAGUUAUGAACUGUGUGACACCUACCCACAACUUUUGGUAGUUCCGUUUGAUACCUCGGAUGAAGAUCUUAAAAAAGUUGCAGCUUUCAGGUCCAGAAAUAGAAUUCCAGUUUUGUCUUGGAUGCAUCCAGACAAUCAGUCGGUCAUCAUGAGAUGCAGCCAGCCUCUGGUGGGCAUGAGUGGCAAACGGAAUAAAGAUGAUGAGAAGUAUCUGGAUACCAUCAGAGAUGCGAGCGAGCAGACAACCAAACUUACCAUCUAUGAUGCCAGACCGAAUGUAAAUGCUGUGGCCAACAAGGCUACUGGUGGAGGUUAUGAAAGUGAGGAUGCCUACCAGAACGCAGAGCUGGUCUUCCUGGACAUUCACAACAUUCAUGUCAUGAGGGAAUCCCUAAAGAAACUGAAAGAUAUAGUUUAUCCCAAUGUAGAAGAGUCACACUGGCUUUCAAGUCUCGAGUCAACUCACUGGUUGGAACAUAUUAAGCUGGUUCUGACCGGCGCCAUCCAGGUAGCUGAUAAAGUGGCGUCUGGGAAGAGUUCUGUCAUCGUGCAUUGUAGUGACGGAUGGGAUCGAACAGCACAACUAACGUCCCUCGCCAUGCUGAUGCUGGACAGUUACUACAGGACCAUUACCGGCUUUGAGGUGUUGGUGCAGAAGGAGUGGAUAAGCUUUGGACACAAAUUCUCAUCGAGAAUAGGACAUGGAGAUAAAAACCACGCCGAUGCAGACCGGUCCCCCAUAUUUGUGCAAUUCAUUGACUGUGUGUGGCAAAUGUCCAAACAGUUUCCGACAGCAUUUGAAUUCAAUGAAUUCUUUCUCAUCACAAUCCUGGAUCAGCUUUACAGCUGUCGAUUCGGCACGUUCUUAUAUAAUUGUGAAUUUGCAAGAGAAAAAGAAAAGGUUAAAGAAAGGACCCAAUCCUUGUGGUCUUUCAUAAACAGUGAAAAGACAAAGUACACAAAUCCGUUUUACACGAAGGAACUGAAUCGGGUGCUGUAUCCGGUGGCAAGCAUGCGACACCUGGAGCUUUGGGUCAAUUACUACAUCAGAUGGAACACCAGGAUCAGACAACAACAACCAAAUGCUGUGGAGCAGCGUUACAUGGAACUGCUGGCUUUACGUGAUGAUUAUGUUAGAAAACUCGAAGAACUUCAGAUCACAAAUUCACAGAAAAUAAGCAACUCUUCCACUUCGCCGUCUUCACCGUCGCAAAUGAUGUCCCAGUUGCAGACUCCGUUUUGAGCCCAAAGUGCUUUCUAUAUGACGCAAUGUUGCAAACUGCAGUAUUUUGGCAAAGGCCGUUUUGGAUGAUGCCUUACUUUCAAAUCUGAUACUCCCUGGUUGAAAAGAAAUGUGCCUUUUCCAAAUCAUGAAAUCCCAGCACCGGUCUGCAGUUGUCUUCACACAGUAUAGAAAGAAAACCCGUAGCUGUCCGAACCGCGAUCACACUGGACUUCUGAAUGAAUUAACCGUUGGAGGAAAUCCAGUUCACUUUGCGUUUUUUUUUCCCUCCCGCUUGGCAUUAACCUUUAAAUAUAUAUAUUAAAGAAAACUCUUGUAACU